CUGCAGAGAAAGCCGAAAGAGAGCAUCGUAGAAGCCUCCGCGACGCUGCCAAAGCUAUACAAUUGCCCCAAUCGGGUAAGCGCAAAGCGUCAAAACCUCAUAAGCCAGCUACAAAGCGUCAAAAGUGUGGUGGUGUUGCUCCAGCUGUGGUGGGAGCCGCAAGGGUUGCACGAGCUGCUCCACCGCGUAGUCGACGGCAACGACCGAUAA